CGCGAGAACACAGCCGCCGACGAGACUUGGAGUAGCGAGGAGAAGUUUUGUUGCACUGAAGAGAGCGAAGUGUCGAGACCGAGUCUGCGUGUUUCUCAGCGUCACCCGGAGCUUCAUCAUAAUAUUCAUCUAUUCACGAUUGUCUCGACGGUCAUACUAGCGAUCUAAUAACUGGAUAACCUCAGUGAUAGAUAUGAGCUUUUUAUUCGGUAGUCGCUCAUCGAAGACGUUCAAGCCGAAGAAGAACAUUCCGGAGGGCUCCCACCAGUAUGAGUUGCUGAAGCAUGCCGAGGCAACGCUGGGCAGCGGCAACCUGCGCAUGGCUGUCAUGCUCCCAGAUGGAGAAGACCUCAACGAAUGGGUGGCCGUGAACACUGUGGACUUCUUUAACCAGAUCAACAUGCUGUAUGGGACCAUCACCGAUUUCUGCACCGAAGAAAACUGCCCUCUGAUGUCUGCCGGGCCGAAGUAUGAAUACCAUUGGGCUGAUGGGACCAACAUUAAAAAGCCAAUCAAAUGCUCUGCUCCAAAGUACAUUGAUUACCUGAUGACCUGGGUUCAGGAUCAGCUUGAUGAUGAAACACUUUUCCCUUCAAAAAUAGGCGUGCCGUUCCCGAAGAACUUCAUGUCUGUGGCGAAGACGAUCCUGAAGCGGCUGUUCCGUGUCUACGCUCACAUUUACCACCAGCACUUUGACUCAGUCAUCCAACUGCAGGAGGAGGCCCAUCUCAACACCUCCUUCAAACACUUCAUCUUCUUCGUUCAGGAGUUCAACCUGAUUGACAGGAAAGAGCUGGCUCCUCUUCAGGAACUGAUCGAGAAGCUUACCUCUAAAGACAGAUAGGCUAAAUGAAUCAUCAUUUUCCCCCUUCCCCCCCUAAUUACUGUGCACAGCAGCCUGGUUUUGUUUUCUCUGUCGUUUUACAGGUUUGUGGGACUGGCUCCUGGAUUAGUCUUUUAUUCUCCACAGUUUUAACUUAGGCAGUGAAUGCUCCUCGUGUUCCUAAUGUCCGUGUGACCUUUUUCCUCUAAAAAGAAAAAGUCGAUCGUAUCUACGUAAGUGCCUGGCGUAUGUCCACCUGCAAAAUAGUAACUGUUCUGUGAAAAAAGCACCACUCGUCUCCAUAGUGCUAACUUUCCCCAAAAUCAAGUUUUGGGCUUUUCUUUGUAAUUUACUGAAUAAAGCAUGUAGACACUUUGGUAAGAGAUAAAGCCAGUAAAUGCACCUCAUUUCUGUUGAUAUUAUUAUAGCUGGAGGUUUUUUCUUUCUUUCUUUCUUUCUUUCUUUCUUUUUUUCUUAACAUAUAUUAUUUCUCCUGGUCACAAAAUAGCUCUCAAUCUUUUGCACUGAGCCUGCAGUCACCUGACAUGACUUUUGUACCAAUAGCGUAGUUAAAUGAAUAGUAACAUAGGUAGGUGGGGCUUUCAGUUUGUAACGGGAAGGGAAUAGGGUAAUGAUUACUAUGCAAUGUCCGUGUUUUAUUUCUUUCUUUCUUUCCUUCGAAUUUUGUUCUUUCCUUAGGCGAGGCUUGUAAACCCCAGAGCUAGUGCCAAUAUCUAACGCACCACAGUCUCCUUGUGUAAGUAAAAUUUAAGAAGCAGAAAACCUGAGAAGAAAUCGUUUUAUUGGUGCGUUCAUUUUCCUCACUUUAUUCCUGCAAGUCGGUCAGGUUCCAUGUCUGUGUAAAUGUAAAAUGGAGCAAAACAUGGAUUAAGCUUAUAAGCGGAGAAGUGUAAUAGCUUUACACAUAAAUGACAGGGUUGUGGUAUCUAAUGUGUAAUCCUAGGGAUACAUUUGAUUUAAUAUUGGUUGCUGUUUUGUUUUGUUUUUUUGUUGUGUGCACUUUGAAUGAUCUGCAUAACGAGAGGUUUUAUUCCACUACAGCUGCCUCUUCUGAAAUCGCUUGUUAUCGAGACACGCUGCAAACAUGUUGCAAAAUGAAAUAUCGUUUCCCAACUGCUUGAUGAUAAAACAUCGUUCGGUUUUUAAAUCUAAUUCACCUCAUGGAUGUUAACAGGAUGUUGUAAUAGAUAUUAUUGCUUGGCCUUUUUUUCUCAAGCCCUUAUUUCCAAAUAACAUUAGCAUUUCCCUUCAGCCGUUAUUGAAUACACUGUAUGGUUUUUUGCUGAGAAACUUGUAAAUAAUGUACACACACAUAGUAUGCAGUGGAAAUGAGAUAAAAAAAAAUGUUUAACUCGCAAAACUUUUGUGGUACAAUAUUGAAUGCUGUUUAUAGUGUAAUAAAAAUGUUUGACCAAGA